AUGUCUGAAAAGGUGGAGCGCUAUUUGGCAAAGAAAAAAAGCAGCGCAUGUGCAGAAGUGGCCGACAUUUGGCAAAGAUUCGAAAACCUCUAUUCGAAAAAAUUAUGGCAUCAAUUAACGAUGGAGUUGAAGAAAGAAAUGGAAAACGAAACGUUCCUAAGCUCAAUGCACCACGACGACGACAUGCAGCAGUUGUAUGAUAACUUCAUAAAAGAAUUCGAACAUCGUAUAAAUCCGCUUCAUCUGGUAGAGAUUGUUAUGCCAAUUGCCAAAUGCAUCUUUAUCAAAGAUAAAGAAGCUGCAUACGAAUAUCUGAACAAAAUCGAAAAGAUCGUAUCCAAAGACAAACAAGCUGUAAUUCGAGUGCGCAGUGGACAGAUCGAAUUAAGAUUGUUGCAUAAAGACAGUGCUGAGCGUUGUGUUGACAUUCAACUUGUCCGAGAGAUGGUUGAAGAUACACAAUCGAAAUUGGAUGAAUUGACUGGAGUCACUGCUGUACACGCACCGUUCUAUAAGGUAUCAUCGAUAUAUUUGAAAGAGAUUGGAAAUUAUGCAGGAUACUAUCGUGAAGCAUUGAGAUAUUUGGGUUGUGAGAAUGAAGAAAAAUUAACGCAAUCUGAUAAGCAGUUACAAGCUGUUCUUCUCGGAUUCGCUGCAUUACUCGGCGAGAAUAUUUAUAAUUUUGGGGAGUUGUUAGCGCAUCCGAUAUUGAAAUCGUUGGAAGGAACGAAUGAAAAGUGGCUAAUCGAUGUUUUAUUUGCGUUCAAUUCGGGUGAUUUGAAUGCGUUCAGAGAGUAUAAGACAUACUGGAACGAAUGGGAUGAUAUCAAGAAACAUCAACAGUUCCUCGAGGAUAAAAUACGAUUGUUGUCGUUGAUGGAGAUCGCGCUUGGAAGGGCAUCCAAAGAGCGCUGUAUUAAAUUCGAAGAGAUCGCAGCAAGAGCGCAGUUGACGGACGUGAACAAAGUGGAGUUGCUGGUGAUGAAAGCGUUGAGUAAAGGACUCGUGAUUGGUUCCAUUGAUCAGGUCAAUCAACUCGUCAACAUCACUUGGGUACAGCCACGUGUACUCUCCUCCAAACAGGUAUCAUCCACUUUUUCUAUUUCAAACUUUGUUAUUUUUCUGUCAGUCUCUUACAUCAUGUUAGUGUGCAUUCCAUUUCUUUCAUCCCGUCACCAAAAAAAAUUUCUGAAAAAUGCUUCUUAG